GACGGGCGCGCAGGCGCGCAGGCGCGGCGGGGGGAGCGAGGUCGCGCAGGCGCAGACGGCGUUGGUUCGAGAAGACCUUCAGCGUUGCCUUGGUGGAGCGGGACGGGCCCACCCUCCGGUUGUAGAUAUGUGUAACACACCAACUUACUGCGACCUAGGAAAGGCUGCCAAGGAUGUCUUUAACAAAGGGUAUGGGUUUGGCAUGGUCAAAAUAGAUCUGAAAACCAAGUCAUGUAGUGGAGUGAUGGAAUUUUCUACUUCAGGUCAUGCUUAUACUGAUACAGGGAAAGCAUCAGGCAACCUAGAGACCAAAUAUAAGGUCUGCAACUAUGGGCUCACCUUCACCCAAAAGUGGAAUACAGACAAUACUCUUGGGACAGAAAUCUCUUGGGAGAAUAAGUUGGCUGAAGGGUUGAAACUGACUCUUGAUACCAUAUUUGUACCAAACACAGGAAAGAAGAGUGGAAAAUUAAAGGCCUCCUAUAGACGGGAUUGUUUUAGUCUCGGCAGUAAUGUUGAUAUAGAUUUUUCUGGACCGACCAUCUAUGGCUGGGCUGUGUUGGCCUUUGAAGGUUGGCUGGCUGGCUAUCAGAUGAGUUUUGACACAGCCAAAUCCAAACUGUCUCAGAAUAAUUUCGCUCUUGGUUACAAGGCUGCGGACUUCCAGCUGCAUACUCAUGUGAAUGAUGGCACUGAGUUUGGAGGCUCUAUCUACCAGAAAGUUAAUGAGAAGAUUGAAACGUCAAUAAACCUGGCGUGGACAGCUGGCAGCAACAACACUCGUUUUGGCAUUGCUGCUAAAUAUAAGCUGGAUUGUAGAACUUCUCUAUCUGCCAAAGUAAACAAUGCCAGCUUAAUUGGCCUGGGCUACACACAGAACCUCAGACCAGGAGUCAAACUGACCCUGUCAGCUUUAAUAGAUGGAAAGAACUUCAAUGCAGGAGGCCACAAGGUGGGAUUGGGAUUUGAACUGGAGGCUUAACGUGGUUUUGAGUAGAGUGUUGAUUUUCCCUGGAAAUGAAGAGAAAUGAACCCACUAUGUUUUGGCCUUAAAAUUCUGUGAAAUUUCAAAAGGGUGAACUUUUUAUUCUUCCAAAGAAUUGUAAUUCUUCCCACACUGAGGUCUAGAGAUUACGGAUCCAUCCAACGGGAGGUCCUGGAAGGCAUGCCUGGAAAUUGUCAUGUUUGUGCCACAUUUCAGUUGAGUUCUGCAGAGUUAAUUUAAAUAUGUUCCUCAGCAACAACGUAGUGUCAUGUUAAAGGAAGUGACCUGCCUCCCCCCGUCUGUACACCACGGCCUGCAUGUCCCAGUCCACAUUUCCAUGGCCUUUUGUUAUAUCAGUCUCUGCUCUAGUGAGAGCUUUGGUUUUGCAUCAGAGUAAAAUAAACCCAUCACAUUUGGAACAUAA